GGUUGUUUAUCAAUUUUUAUUUCACGUAACUUCGUACAUGUGUCAACGGAGAUACGCGAUAUUUUAUUUUCAUUUAUUUUUCUACAUAUACAAAGUUUAUUUCCUUUUAAUUAGUGUCUAAUGAAUUCUGAAAGUGAAAUGUGGCAAUUAAUUCUUCCGUUAUCUAUCAAUGUUAUUAUGUCAAUCGGUGCAUAUUUUUUUACCAUUAAUUUAAUUCCCAGAUUAAAAGAUCUCUUCAUUAAAGCUAACCUCUAUGGAAUUGAUAUGAAUAAGAGGAACAAUCUGAAAGUUCCGGAAGCAUUAGGAGUUGUUACAGGAUGUAUAUUUCUUAUAAUAAUGUUCUUAUUUAUACCUGUACCGUUCACAGAUUAUAUUUUCAAAAAUGAACAUUUUCCACAUAACGAGUUUGUUGAAUUUUUGGCAGCUCUACUUUCUAUUUGUUGUAUGCUGCUUUUGGGUUUUGCCGAUGAUGUUUUGGAUCUUCGUUGGCGACACAAAUUAUUAUUACCUACUAUUGCCACUUUGCCACUUUUAAUGGUCUAUUACGUAAACUUUAAUUCGACAUUGAUUAUAGUGCCAAAACCUUUAAGAUUUUGGCUUGGAUAUUCAGUAGAUUUAUGGAUAUUCUAUUACGUUUAUAUGGGAAUGUUAGCAGUAUUUUGUACAAAUGCUAUUAACAUAUUGGCUGGUAUAAAUGGUUUGGAAGUGGGACAGAGUUUGAUAAUUGCUAUCAGUAUAGUAAUAUUCAAUAUUUUAGAGCUAUCAGGAGACUUGUGGAAAGCUCAUAGAUUUUCAUUGUACUUUAUAUUUCCAUACAUAGCCACUUCUCUUGCGCUAUUUAAAUAUAAUUGGUACCCAUCAAAAGUAUUUGUAGGAGAUACAUUUUGCUAUCUGUCUGGAAUGACAUUUGCAGUUGUUGGUAUUAUUGGACAUUUCAGUAAAACUACUUUAUUAUUUUUUAUCCCACAAAUCAUUAAUUUUGUAUAUAGUGUACCACAACUGUUUCAUUUUGUACCAUGCCCUAGACACAGACUUCCAAAGUAUAACAAAGAUACAGAUAAAUUGGAAACCAGUGUCACAGUAUUCAAAUAUUCUGAUCUGAAUCCUUUAGGUAAAUUUUUAAUGUGGGUCUUUAGAACCGCAAAAAUUGUCCAAUGGCAAAAGAGUGACGAAGACACCGUGACAUGUAAUAACUUAACUCUAAUCAAUUUUUUAUUAAUUAAUAUUGGACCAACAAGGGAACCUAAGCUAACAUUAAUUUUAAUGUUAUUACAGGUUUGUUGUAGCUGUUUAGCAUUUGUUAUACGUUACCCAUUUGCUUCAAUAUUUUAUGAUAUCUGAAGUACAGAAGAAACGAUAAAUAUAGACGAUAAUCUGUGUAGUAGGUGUUACAUUCUUCUUUGUAUAUAAAGGAUUUGUAGUAAUAUGUCUACUACUGUGAUUUUUACAUUAAAUGAUAUAAUAUAGAUUACUAAGCAAA